AGAGGCGGAAGUGGGGUACCGGAAGCGACAGUUGCCAUGGAGCCCGCUGAGGACUGGCUGGUGGAAUCCUUGCGCUUGUACCAGGAUUUCCAUGCAUUCGACCUCUCGGGAGCCACUCGAGUCCUUGAAUGGAUUGGUGACAAAGGAAUCUUGGUUGCUGGCUAUGAAAGCCUGAAAAAAAAUGAGAUUCUUCAUCUGAUAUUACCUCUCAGACUUUCUGUAAAAGAAAACCAGGGCUUAUUCCCUGAAAGAGAUUUCAAGGUACGCCAUGGAGGAUUUUCAGACAGGUCUGUCUUUGAUCUGAAGUAUGUGCCAGACACCAGGUUGCUGGUGACCAGUGGCCUUCCCGGUUGUUACCUGCAGGUGUGGCAGGUUGCGGAGGACAGCGAUGUCAUUAAGGCUGUCAGCACCAUUGACGUGCGCGAGGAGGGGCGUCUCUGGCCCAGGGUGGCCAUCUUCUCGUCGGCGGCGCCCGGAGUCCUCCACGGGGCCAGGCUUAGCAGUCUGAAGGUGGUGGAUCUGGAAUCACAGAAGACCACCUACAGCUCAGGUGUCAGUGACGACGAGUUGCUGAGUAGCCUGCAGGUCCUGGACGCAGACACCUUUGCCUUCUGCUGCACCUCGGGCCACCUGGGGCUUGUCGACACCCGCCAGAAGUGGACCCCGUCAGAGAACCUCAGGCCCAGCUCUGGGUCCGCUGGAGGGAGGUGGUGUGCAGAAGCUGGGGGCAGGGGCCCUGGGCCCAGCAUUGCCAGCCUUGGCUCAGACGGGCAGCUCUGUCUUCUUGACCCCCGGGAUCUCUGCCAGCCGGUGAGCUUGGUCCAGUGCCCAGUGUCCAUGCCUAGCCCUGACCCAGAGCUGCUGCGAGUGACUUGGGCUCCAGGCCUGGACAACUGCUUGGCCAUUUCAGGUUUUGAUGCGACGGUCCAGGUCUAUGACGUCACGUCUUGGGGUGGAAUGGGGCGCCAAGUAGAACCUCUCUUCACUCACAAAGGUCACAUCUUCCUAGACGGCAAUGGGAUGGACACUGCUCCACUGGUCACCACCCACACCUGGCACCCCUGCAAACCGCGGACUUUGUUGUCCGCAGCAAGUGAUGCCUCUCUGCACGUAUGGGACUGGGUGGACCUCCAUGCUGCCCGCUGACUCCAGCAUCUUUCCGCCCAGGCCCUAGGAAGCUGCUGUGUAGCAAGGAUAUUGAUUCAAGAUUCAAGCGACCACAGAGCCCUGUUACCAGCUGAGUGGCCGUGGGCAAGUUAACCAGCCUCUCAGUCCCAGUUUCUUUAUUUGUAGAGUGAGACUGGUAAUAACUACCGGGCAGGACUGCUGGGAAAGUUAGAAGUAACAUAUUUAAAACUAACUGGUAAGGGGACUUCCCUGGUGGCACAGUGGUUAAGACUCCACGCUCCCAAUGCAGGGGGCCCGGGUUCGACCCCUGGUCAGGGAACUAGAUUCCACAUGCAUGCUGCAACUAAGAGUUCGCAUGC